GUGUGGUGUUUGACAAGGUUGGUUCUUGUUAGGAGUUGGGACCUCAAAAUGUGAAAUCAAUAAGAAACCCUCUCUCUCUCUCUCUCACACACACACAUUUUUCAUUAAAGAGUGUGUGAUAUGGUUGUGGUAAGAAUGAAGAGAAGAAGAAUCAUAGCAAGCUUGGGUUUUCUAAUGCUAAUGGGUGUCGCUGUCUAUUUCAGGCUUUGGGCCAUUCACUACAGCAUCUCCUCUGAUGACUCUGAGCUCCUAAGGCGACAGUUUGACAUUGCUAACAGGGAAGCAAUGGACGAAUCUGCCGAAUGGAGGCUAAGGUAUGACCAGGCUGUAGAUAGGGAAAACAAGUGUUUGCAGGAGCUUCAACGGAUUAAGGGUACUAAUAAUAAAUUCAAGAUCCUGCAAAAGGAGAAUGCAAUCUUGCUUGAAAGGCUGGAAACAUUGAAACGAGAAGUUGAAGACCAAAAGCUCAAAUGUAAUUCAAGAAAGCAUUCAUGAUGUGAAGCAACUUGUCCUCAACUCAAGUUGUUUAUUUUCAACCACUGCUGUCUAGCUAUAUACACUUUAUAGAGGAUUUCUGGUCUAACGUUUUCACCUUAGACUCACCAAACAAGCAUCCACCAAAUGAAAAAUAUACAUGAACCAUAUACUAAUCUUCACACUUUGUUAUCAUCAUCUCAUUCUCCUCUGGAUUAUGCGUUAUAGUUUUACAUUGUUUUAUUUACCUCAGAGAAGAAAUAGCAACAUUUUGUAUGCUUCAUAUGUGUUAGGAAACGAGCGAAAGCAUAACAAGAAAAUUGACACAAAUGAUGUAAUGCAUGUGUUUCCAAAUUGAUUAGAAUGUUAAAAAUUUGAUGUGUUA